GUGUGUACAGUCUGAUGUCAGACCAGAAUUCAUUUCAGCACUGAACGUAUCUCAGCACUGAACACAUCUCAGCACUGAACAUAUCUCAUCACUGAACACACCUCAGCGACCAAUCAGCUGUGACGGAAGCGCUACAAGGUAUAAAAGCAGAGUCUUUACACUGAUGAUCAACACUAGCAUCUUAAUCAUCAGCAAGUGACAUUCCACGAUUUCUUUGCAGCGAUCAAAAUGAAGGAUUUUUCGGGCCGUCUUCCUAUGCUCAUAGUUUUGUUCAUCUCAACAACAGGGGCUGUGGAUGCAGUGAACGUUGUGGCGUAUGGUGAGGUUGGAGGACAGAUCACUCUCAAUGGCAUCAAUCCUAAGACCAAUUUGUACGUAUACUGGUCCUCGGACGGACAGGAUCUAAUAUCUAAAAACACGCAUGGUGUUGAGAAAAAGGAUGACAAGUGGAAAGACCGCGUGUCUCUGGAUAGAUACUCCCUGAGCAUCUCACAACUCAGAAAGGAGGACUUCACCAAGUCAUUCACCUGUGAACUGAAGAUGGGGAACAUACUCAUCUCCACAACCACAUACUCUCUCCGCACCAUGAGUGUGCGGCCGCCCGCCUCGUCCCUAUUGGCUGGGGAGACUCUCUCUCUACGCUGUGAUCUGCAGGGUUCUAACAAGCUGCCAGUGAGAUGGUCGGGUCCCCAGACAAGAGACCUAUCCAUGGACAACAGGGUCCAGGGAGCCAAUGGGAUCAGUCUGACUGUGAAGAACGUCAGUGGAAAGGACCAUGGGCAGUGGCUCUGUGUGGUCACAUCUGGCAGCCAGGAGUACAGUGCUAGUGCCCCGGUAGUGGUGGUGGAUCUCUCCCUUGCACCAAAACAACCUAUCUACUCCUCUACCUCCUCCCUCUCUCCCCUCAUCCCCUGCUCAAUCCCGUCUUACGUGACCUUGGAAGAGCUUAAGGCCAAAGACACCAAGGGAGCCUACUGGAGUUUCACCCCGGACCGAGCCUCGGGCCUCCCCUCGAGGGAGCCGAAGAAGCUCCUUGCCCUGGGGCCCCCUCCAGCCUGGGAGUCUCUCCUGAAGAGUGAUAAAAAACUCCCAGCUCUGCAGAAGAACAACCACAACUUCUCCCUCCAGUGGAGUGGGGUGACCGAGGGAGACAGGGGCGAGUACACCUGUGCUCUGGAAUUCAAAGGCGACAAAACGCUGAAGAGGGUGAUACAUUUGGAGGUCCUGCAAGUUAUAUCCUCUCGUGGGCCACAGCUUCUGAUUGGUCAGGAUGUCAACCUCACUUGCAGCCUGGGCCGUCCCAUGUCCGCUGAUCUGAGCGUCAAGUGGAUUCGUCCGACUCAAAGAGGAAGCCCAACCUCCUCGCACUCUCAGAGGCCUGCCCUCAACACCACCCACCUCGCCAUCCAGGAAGUGGGCAGUGGUGAUUGCGGCAGAUGGAAGUGCGAGCUGUGGAGGAAGGAGGAGAAGCUGACGACAGCCGAGAUCAUGCUGAAGAUCGAGCGAGCCCCCAUGGACGUGUGGCUGCUGGUGACGAUCUGUGCUGCCACUGUCAUCUUCAUCCUCCUCCUCAUCCUCACCGUCAUUCUGUUCCGGCGGCGGCAACAGCGAGGGACGAUGCCAAGGCGAAGGAAGCACAAAUUCUGCCGCUGCAAAGAGCCGAAGCCCAAGGGAUUCUACAGGACCUAGAGCGUCUAACAGAGAUUCUAGAACACCACCGCAAAGGAACAAGUGCUCACAAGUUCAAGAUGACAUUGCCAUCAGGUCUACACAUGUGAAAUACGAUUUUAAUGAAAGACGGGUCAAGAGAGAGAAAAUAGAACGGAUAUGGAUGUUUGGGGAUGAAUUAUUCAUGAGAGCAUACUAUGUAAAUCAUCUGGACACACAGUUUGUAUUGUAUAUAUUCUUGUUCUACUGAUUUUAUUGAAUUGCAUAUAAUUUUAUUUUGCUGUUUUCGUGGUGUUUUCACAGAGAUUAAUAAGGGUUUUAGGCUACAAGCUUUAAUUUAAUCAUGAAUUAAAAUGGCCGCCUGCUGAGAUGCAAAAACCAUUAAUUUUUUACAAAGUUUCUUUCCUCUGACUUUGAAUAAUGCCAGAAAGACAUACAAAACAUGUUUUUGUGCUUUUUAUCUUAUAUACAUAGAAGUAUAUGUGUUUUGGCAAACCUGGACACUGAGGUCAG